CUCUCUCUAGUUUAUGUGGCUAGAGCACCAGACUAUAAACAACAGUACUGUGGAUUGCACUGUACUCUGUAUGUGCGGCCCAGUGGGAAGAUUGUGGCAUGUAACAAAGAGCUUGAUGAGAAGGACGGAGCGGAUUGACAUUACUUCUUCUGUGCUGAAGGAUCAAUCUUAAGGAAGGCACUGUCCAGCAUUCCAAAAUCAAGCAGAAGGCAGUGAUGAUGACAACAACACCCAAAAUUAUAUACUUUUCUUCAAACCAUCUUCUUCUUCAGCCAAAAAAAUCCCCAACAGUUUCUGUUGAAUUUUACAAAUGUAACUAGUGCAAAGUAAAUAUCAGGAUACUGAGAUUGUUAUUCUGGUGCCAUAACGCUGGUGGAAAUAUCUGCUUCAAAGAUGAAAAUGUGUAGAGAUAGUAAUUAUAAUUACUGGCAUCAAGUGUUUCCACCAAAGGCUAAGCCUUCCAAGGAAGAAAUAAUAUGUAGAUUAUGACGGCAAAACAAGAAGAGAAAAAUUAACUCCAGAAGGACAUAUUACUGAGACAAAUAAUUAAGUAGAAUUUCAAAUGUCUUUAUCCUUCGUGUUAUAAUUGCAGUAUGUGUCAUGGUGGAAAUCUUGGUGCUCAAUGUGUGCCAUGUAGCUAUUAUCAAUUAGAUGUAAUUUUGUUUCUCCUACCACCAACACAGCUGCCACGGCCACCACCUCAAGGACCAUUCUUUCAUCACAGUAAACUUUUCAACACUUUUGAGUUACCAUCAGGACUUUGAGCAAACCAACUGUUUCCUGGUGACUGAAACCACAAGCAUAUGAGAGAAACUACUGUAUGGAAACUAGUCUCAACGUCAGGAGAAUGAGAUGAAGAAAGUGCUGGGCUUUUGCCUUACCCCAAUUCUGAAGAUCAUUGUUGUUGAGCACUCUUGUGAGAGACAGUGGUGAUGGUGAACCUCCUGGAUGUGCUUCUCAUGGCCCUGUCCGUUGUGGCGGUCAGAAAAGGGCACGCAAAGCCAACUGAACCUCCUGCUUUCAGAAACAACAGCAAAGACAGCACAGCUGCGCAGCCAGGAGCCCAGAGGCUGCGUUUGAUGAAUGGAGGAAGUCACUGUUCUGGCAGGGUGGAGUUGAAAUACAAUGACACCUGGGGCAUGAUCUGUGAUAACAACUGGGACCUUGCUGAAGCUGCCGUCGUGUGCCGGCAGCAAGGUUGUGGUGAGGCCAUUCAAGCUCCAAAUGCCUCUUAUUUCAAGAAGGGAACUGGCCCCAUCCAUCUUGGAGAAGUGAGAUGCUCUGGGAAUGAGUCUUAUUUAUGGGACUGUCCCUCUGAGAAGAACCCUGAUUGUGGACACAGAGGAGAAGCUGGUGUGAUAUGUUCAGAUCACCAAGCAUGGAGGCUGUCAGGAGGCUUAGAUGCUUGUGCCGGCCGAGUGGAGGUCUAUUACCGGGACAUCUGGAACACCGUAUGUGAUAGUAGCUGGUACCAGGAUGAGGCAAAUGUCCUCUGCCGCUCCCUGGGCUGCAGUGACAAAGCCUCAGUCACGAGGGUACCUUUCGACCACACGCUGCCAGGCAAGAUGUAUUAUGAAUGUUCUGGAGAUGAAGAGUCACUCGCCAGUUGUGAAUGGCGCUACAACAAAACCACCCUAUGUGACCAAUUCAGAGCUGCUGGUGUGAUAUGUAAUGGUUCAUUGGGUUUGGAGAACCAGACAGACACAACAGUGACAGAAACAGCGACGGAAGCUGCGACUUCGGUCUCCCACACACCCAAUCCAUGUUGGACUAGACCUGAGAGCUGGGACCUUAAACAAUCCUACCAGACACUGCAUACCCUCUGCAUUGUUUUGGGUCUUUUCCUUUUUCUGGCUAUCUUGAGUCACAUCAUCAUCAUUUUGCUAAACAGGCAAAGGAAAAACGGUAUCCUUGAUUGUGCCAUUUCCUCUGCCUCGAUAUCUGCCCCAGUUCUGGUGAAUCACAGCGUGCAGGUCUCAACCACGGGAGUGAACAAUGACUAUCGGGAAAUCCCCACAAGCCUUCCCAAAGGAGAAGCAAUACCAGUAAAACCAUCACCUAUUAGUGAGGAUUCUGACUCUGACUACGAACGCUAUGAUUUCAGUGACAAACCGCCUGUGGCACUCUCCACUUUCUACAAUUCUCUUCGGCAUCGAGCACCCGAGGAACACCUUCCUCCAUGCAAUUUAGACAUUUCUGCUGUGCACAAUAGAAGCGAGAUCAAGGAUGCAGCUUUGAAGGGCCAUAAUCCACAAGAAGCAGCAGCUAUAGCUGAAGACAGUGAGAGCACAUCUUCUGGAGAUUCAGAAUGGUAUGAAAACUUCCAAAGACCAGCAUACAAGGAAGACCAUCCAGGAAAGGAGCCUUUAGAAGGGUUGACAGCUUUUUCCAGACCUUUGGUGAACCGUGAGGCUGGGCCAGGGAACGGCUCCUUCAACAGCAGCGAUUAUGAUGACAUGUGGUCUUAAGAGGCCAGCUUGCAGCAGGGAUGCUGUGCCAUCUGUUUCUAGUUAUGCCCUCCUUCAGAAACAGCCAAAGAUGAUCAAGAUUGUGUGGACUUCUGGGCCCUUAUGGCCACACCACCUCAGCCACAAGGAUCCAGCAUUUUGAAAGGAGGCCAGGAAAUUCCCAAAUCAAACCCUACCCUUAAGGAUCACCUCGAAAUAUAAUGUACUCACAUAGAGACAUAACUUCCCAAUUCUUGCUGCUUAUAGAGAAGAGUACACUGUAUUCUAAUCUGAGAUUUCCCUUACCUGUUUUUGUUUUGCCAGAGGUGAUAUAUCAUUUUGAAAUAGCUGAGAUGGGUCUUCUUAAGACCCCAGAACUUGGGUUCAAGCUUCAGAAUACAGACAGCUGAUGCAAAAUCUUAGAAUCAUAGAAUCGUAGAGUUGGGAGACUUCAUGGGCCAUCCAGUCCAACCCCCUGCAAGAAGCAGAAAAAUCUCAUUCAAAGCACCCCCAACAGAUGGCCAUCCAGCCUCUGCUUAAAAGCCUCCAAAGAAGGAGCCUCCACCACACUGAAAUAAGCACAAACAAUUGCCACCAACUAUGCUACAUUACCAGCAACUUCUACGAUGCAAUUUCUAUGAUGAAGAGAGGCGAAUCUAAUUUGGUUCUUAUUCUAGGGAUUAGAUCCCCACUGGCAGAAUUCAUACAUACAACUUCUUCAUUGGGAAGAGCUCUUAUUUAUUGCCAAUGAGUGCUUGAAUUUCCUGGGAGGAUUUAAAGUUUCUGUCCAGGAUUAGGUGUCAGUAUUGUUGUUGAAAUUAGAUGUCGUUGAUGCUUCGGCUGAAGAAAACUAGAAUAGCAUUUUAGAGGAUUAGCCUCGCUUGCAUUGUACACAGGGAAUUACACAUCAAACAUGUUUGUAUUUUGAUACCACAGUUCUGUUGACCACAUUGUCCCUAAUGCACAUGGCUGUAAAUGAAUUGCCAGUCAGAUGCAAACAUUAAAGCACAGGCUUGAUACUGAUGAAGAGCAAGUCUGGAUGAAGUGUU